CGCCUGUCGGCCUGACCUUGGGCAGCACCUUCCACCCCCCAGGCCUCCCUCCCUAGCCUCCUUAGAGGAGGCUGUGAGGUGCCAGUGAAAAGCAUCAGCGCUCGCCUGGUACCGAGCGUCUGCAGCGUCCCAAGCCCCCUGGAGGGCCCCAGUGACCCUUGGAGGAGGGGCCCUGAGCCCGCACCAUGGCGGUGGGGAACAUCAACGAGCUGCCGGAGAACAUCCUGCUGGAGCUUUUCACGCACGUGCCCGCCCGCCAGCUGCUCCUGCGCUGCCGCCUGGUCUGCAGCCUCUGGCGUGACCUCAUCGACCUGGUGACCCUCUGGAAGCGCAAGUGCCUGCGCGAAGGCUUCAUCACCGAGGACUGGGACCAGCCCGUGGCCGACUGGAAGAUCUUCUACUUCCUGCGCAGCCUCCACAGGAAUCUCCUGCACAACCCAUGUGCUGAAGAGGGCUUCGAGUUCUGGAGCCUGGACGUGAAUGGCGGCGAUGAGUGGAAGGUGGAGGACCUCUCACGAGACCAGAGGAAGGAGUUCCCCAAUGACCAGGUCAAGAAAUACUUCGUGACUUCCUAUUACACCUGCCUCAAGUCCCAGGUGGUGGACCUCAAGGCCGAAGGGUAUUGGGAGGAGCUGAUGGACACCACACGGCCGGACAUCGAGGUCAAGGACUGGUUCGCAGCCAGGCCAGACUGCGGGUCCAAGUACCAGCUGUGCGUUCAGCUCCUGUCAUCCGCGCACGCGCCUCUGGGCACCUUCCAGCCAGACCCGGUGACCAUCCAGCAGAAGAGCGAUGCCAAGUGGAGGGAGGUCUCCCACACGUUCUCCAACUACCCGCCCGGCGUCCGCUACAUCUGGUUUCAGCACGGAGGCGUGGACACUCACUACUGGGCCGGCUGGUACGGCCCGAGGGUCACCAACAGCAGCAUCACCAUCGGGCCCCCACUGCUCUGACACCCCCUGUGCCCCCAGCUGCUGAUCCCUAACUGGUAAACUGCUGUCACAGAAGGGCCCGGCUUGGGAAGGGAAGGCAGGGGCCAGGCGUCCCCGGACUUCUGGGGAAUGCACCCUUGCCCUAGCCGCCUCUGCCUUGGGGAGGCCGUCGUUUGGGCAGCCAUCCCAUGCCACGGGGCCAGCUUUCCACCCAAGGUCUCGGCCUGCAUGGGCCCCACCGGAGAGGGAGCACCUAAGGCUGGGGCUCCCUCAGGCGCCUCCGAGAGCGUCCCCAAGCUCGAUGUCACCCAGAUCUCGGUCUCUCCAGCCCCUUCCUGGAAUCUUUCUCCCUGUGUUCUUUGGGGCCCUUGGGUAGGGCAGAUGCAGGGAGGUGACGGUGUGACUCAGACUCGGGAAGCAGGAGGCAGGCUCUGUGGGCUGCCGGGCCCAGUUCUGCCCAGGUUUCUGGCUCCGCUGGUCUGCUCAGAGGGGUGGCUUUGGCGCAGAGGCUCCAGCCCGGUCUGAGAUGGGCAGACCCAGGGUGGGGUGGGGCCCAGGCCAGGGACAGACGGUCCUCACGGUCAAUGAAGCCCCAGAAGUCAGAAUGGUGCCCCUGGGGGCAAGGCUCCCGGAGGAC